UGUUCUCAUUCAGUCUUGGAGGGAGCGUGGCUCGGGCGAUCUAGAAUCGAGACUAAAAGCCCAUACGGUCCCGUGUUCACAGUGGGAAAACCCUAAAUCCCGACAGGUAAUCGAGAUUCGGAUUCGAUUUGUCGCUCGCGUAUUGGAAAUGGCGUCGUCUUCUUCGAGCGGCGGCGGUGGAGAUUUGACCGAGAGACGAGGGAUUCCAGCCGCUAAAUUCAUCGAAGAUGUCGAGACUUACCUCUCUCAGUCCGGUCUCGAUUCAAACUCUGCUCUUGCCUUCCUCCAGGAGAGGCUUCAGCAAUAUAAGGUGGUUGAGAUGAAGCUUCUUGCCCAACAAAGGGAUCUUCAGGCUAAAAUCCCGGAUAUCGAGAAGUGCUUAGAUGUUGUUGCCACCUUGCAAGCCAGGAAGGGUACUGGUGAGGCACUUACCGCUGAUUUUGAGGUGUCCGAAGGCAUAUAUUCGCGGGCUUGUAUUGAAGAUUCAGACUCGGUCUGUCUGUGGUUGGGAGCAAAUGUCAUGCUGGAAUACUCAUGUGAAGAGGCCACAACUCUUCUGAAAAACAAUCUGGAAAAUGCUAAAGCCAGUUUGAAAGUUCUCGUAGCCGAUUUACAGUUCUUGAGGGAUCAAGUCACGAUUACACAGGUGACGAUUGCGCGUAUUUAUAACUGGGAUGUUCAUCAACGGAGGCUUAAGCAAGCUCCUGCCGCCAUUGCUACAGACCCUUGAGACAGGCAUGAUUUCAGAUUGUUAUCCAAUGGGAUCAGCAGAGGUACGAAGGGCAAGAUCCCUAAUCUUUUUUGUUGUUGUUGUUGUUUGGGUCCCGUCUGGAUGAAAUUUUUGUCUCAAAAUGGUAGAAGAACGCUUGUUUUCGUACGUUUGUCUUGCUGCCUCUGUUCAGAGCUCUGUGUCGUAAUGUCUUAUGUUCCUUCCCCUUUGGUUGGAAUUAAGGAUUUGAUGAUUAGAUUACUUGGAGGUUAUUAAGUACCCGUUUUUGUCUA